AUGGGUGACACGCCUGUUCAAAAGUUCUACGAAGGCAGCGUUGUGUUUUUGACAGGAGGCACCGGUUUCCUGGGAAAACUUUUGAUAGAGAAGUUACUAAGGACGUGUGCUCCAAGUAAAAUUUACGUUUUAAUAAGAGAAAAAAAAGACAAAGGUUCACAAGAAAGAUUGCAUCAAGCAUUAAAAGAUCCGUUAUUCGACGAAUUGCGGAAGCUGAGAGUGGAUUGGGAAGAAAACAUUUAUGCAGUACAAGGAGAUAUCAGUGAAAUCAAAUUAGGAAUAGACGACUAUGAUUGGGAAAUAUUGAGGAAAGAGGUAAAUGUGAUAUUUCACAUGGCUGCAAAUGUGCGGUUUGAUGUAGAGUUGAAGGCUGCGUUGCUAAGCAACACGAGAGGCACACGAGAGGCACUUCGGCUGGCAGCCGAUUGUACACAGUUACGUGCAUUCGUGUACGUGUCGACAGCGUACUCACACGCGACACGAGAUCGAAUCAAUGGCACAGUGUCGGAAAGAUUCUAUGAGUCCCCAGCGCCACCCGACGCUAUCAUCAAACUGGCAGAAACAUUACCCGUCGAGAAAUUAAACGCAAUGACACCUACGUUGACUAGUGGUUGGCCAAACACUUACACAUUUUCUAAAGCCAUUGCGGAAGAAAUCGUUCUCAAUAACAGCACGGACCUUCCCAUUUGCGUAGUUAGACCAGCAAUUGUAACGUGCACAUAUGGGGACCCAGUCCCAGGCUGGGUUGACAUCAGCUGUGCCUUUGGUCCGAGUGGGUUAAUUUUAGGUUUGGGCUUAGGACUCAUGCAUGUCACACUUAUGGAUCUGAAUGUAAGAAUAGACCUUGUUCCUGCCGAUGUCGUUAACAACACGAUAAUCACAGCAGCUUGGGUGACAAACUGCAAAGCCAUAGUACAAAAUAGGCUCCAGUCUCCGAUGAUUUACGCAGUCACUAGCUCCAGGAAUGGAUUACAGUUUAGGACGAUGCAGCAAAAUCUAGAACUUCUUAAAAAGAAAAUUGUAUAUUCCAAAGCCAUUUGGUACUGUUUUGCUAUUCCAACGAAAUUUAAGCUAUUGUACAAAUUGAUCACUAUAUUCUUGCACUACAUACCCGCUUACAUCGUUGAUGGAGUUUGUCUUUUGCUGGGAAAGCCAAGAAUGUUGGUGAAAAUUUAUAAAAAAGUGGAUAAACUAAGUUACGCAUUGAGUUAUUUUACAACAAACCAGUGGACCUUCGAAGAUCAAAAUACGCAAAACUUAUUCAAGAACCUCUCACCCGUUGACAAACAGAUUUUUGAUAUGGACAUAACGGCCGUUGAUUGGGAAAAGAAAAUUCGCAUUUGGACCUUGGGUAUACGGAAGUAUUUGGUGAAAGAUAGCGAGAAAUCAUGUGAAUACGCCAUCAAAAGACAGAAAUUGUUUAAAAUUAUGAAUUACAUUGUAUCUGUUCUCUACCUCUACGUCAUUUGGAAAUUUAUCAACCUUUGUUUUAAUUUAUAC